CAUGAGAAUCAUGGAAAUUGUCAGGGGUGCCUAAACUUUUGCAUACAACUUUUUCUUUUCUUUUCUUUUUCUCUCUCUUCUGGUAUACUUGUGUAAAGACUUCUGCUUUGAGACAAUGGGAAUCGUUAAAGCGCUAUACAAAUCAAUUGAAUUGAAUUAAAACUCACACUGAUGCUGUACAAAUGAAACAUGAUUUAUGGUCUUAGUCACAAGAGAACAUCACUUUUAAAUUGACUGGACCAGCAGAAGGGACUGUUGUACUGUUCACACUUCUAGGUUUGUGUAGCCUUCAUAAGGGAGCUUUAUUUUAAAUACAUCCAAGUAGACGUUUGAGCUUUCGUGAUGCCUCUGUGUUAGAAUUUUGAUAAUAAACGCUUUAUCUCAGCUUUGACCUGGAUGAAGAGCUGCAUAAUCACUGUAUUAAGUUUAAUACAGAGGAAGUGCACGUGUAUGUAGUCAGUGUGUCACUGCUGGUGACUGGAAGGAGACAUCUAUCCACUGAAGCUGAAAUGACCACGAUGGUGUGUGAAUCACUUCUGAUACUCAGCUUGGAAUCCUCAUCAAAGUUCUUCAAGAAAAUUCAUCACAUCUUCACAGCAUUAACAAAGAUGAGGUGAAAAUGUUUCCACUGCAAGUGAAAGUGAUCAUUCUAGUGUUUCUGUGGUAAGAUUACCUGCAUCUCCAUGCUCCAGCUUUACACUGUGAGCUGUUUGUCCUCUUACAGUCUUCACUCAGGGACAAUCAGACUGGAGACGGGUGUGUGAGGACAAGGUGACUCGGAUUGGAAUAAAUGACGUGAAGUGAGUGAUUUUUGCAUUAGACUAAUUAUAAUGUACACAUGAGCAUGUAGCUACAGCUCUCCAUGGGAAGCUUCAGUAAUUCAGUUGUCAUGGCAACAGAAAUCCCCUAAUGGGGCUAAGCAGAAGUAAUGCUGAGAUACAUGCUAACUGAUCUACUAGCACAGGGAUGAUGCUAAUAGUGCACACUAAAUAAAGUGUGUGUGGGUGUGUGUGGGUGUGAUGUCAUGUACAGAAUAAAUCUGUGUGUUAACUCUGUGCUUGAUCUCCCUCACAGUCAGCAGACAGAUUCUGAUUGGCUGUUGAGGGAACACUGAUUUUGUCUGUUUCUCACUUCAGAGCUCUGUUUUCAGAAUUAUUGACAACCUGUAAAAGAUCUUGGUUUCCUUCAUGUUCCUGUGUGUUACUUAUUGUGAACAUGGUCAUGUGUUUACUGUUCAUCACCCGUUUGAACACUGUGGGCGUGGCCAAUGUUUAAUAUUAUUAUCAGAUGUGGGAAUAACUUUGGCUUCCUGACCUGUAAACAGCUACAACAGUCCAGAUGAUCACACUUGGUGCUUUUCCCUGGAUCAGCAGGGAUGGAGCUUCCAGGCAGUUUGGGCAUCCAAUCACCUCCGUUACAGCACUGAGACACUGACAAGUGAUUGGCUGAUCAGAUCAUGAGCAGGUGUGUUUGUGUCUAUUGAAGAAGUAAUGAAACAGCGCCAUCUUCCGGGAUUAUGUGGUACUGCAGGAAGCAUUUAAGGUGGAACAAAAAUUAGUGAAAAAAUGCGCAUUAAAUCAUAAGCACAUUAAUAUCGCAAUAAUGCAUAUCAAUAACUUUGUUAUUAAUGAAUUACUGCCUGUGUGUGUGCGCGCGCGCGCGCGUGUGUGUUGUAGCUGUGUGUUGAGGCGGCGCCUUUUACUGCAGGGUGGGACAGCCACACAUACACACACACACACACACACACACAGCACCGCUGUGGAACGCCGAUCAGACACACAUCAUUGGUGUGUGAGACGAGGAUCUAAGAAUGCUCAGUAGCUGGUGGGUGAAUUAAAGAUGAGUGUGACAUCAUGGUUUUUGGUAAGCAGCUCCGGCACUCGUCACCGGUUGCCGCGGGAGAUGAUCUUCGUAGGUCGUGAGGACUGUGAGCUUAUGCUGCAGUCCCGCAGUGUUGAUAAACAGCAUGCUGUGAUUAACUACAAUGCUGCUACUGAUGAGCACUUGGUGAAAGAUCUGGGCAGUUUAAAUGGGACCUUUGUGAAUGACCUGAGGAUUCCUGAUCAGACAUAUAUAACACUCAAACUGUCUGACAUCGUUCGCUUCGGAUAUGAUUCCCAUGUGUACAUUCUGGAGCGAAGUCAACAUCGAGUGCCAGAGGAGGCUCUGAAGCAUGAGAAAUACACCAGCCAGCUGCAGAUGGAUUUAAAAUCCUCUGAGUUGAAAAAGAAAGAACUGCAGGAUGACAGGACGAAGACGGACAGGUCUGAACGCAAGAGUCUCACAGAAACCUCUGUGUGUCGCCCCACUCCUUUAUACGGUCAGCCCUCAUGGUGGGGAGAGGAUGAUACAGGUAGUAAAGAUUUCAUUAACGAAGGACGUAAAACAGAUGAUAGUCGAACAGAAGUCCUGAAGGAAGCAGAAGUGAAUGGCUGCCUUCAGGAAUUUCAUGAUAUCCAGAGCAAGUCUACAUUCCUGUACCAACGAGAACCAAGUUAUUUUGAAAUUCCCACCAAGGAGAUUCAAACUCACUCCACAUUUGCAGAAAUGGAGCUGAACGACAUUCCCACUAAGGACACAGAUGCCUUACCGAAAUCCACUCCACCUGUUUAUCAGAGCCAUGCCUCAUUCACCAUUGAGUUUGAUGAAUGCACUCCAGGAAAAAUUAAAAUCAAAGACCAUGUGACCAAAUUCUCUUCUCGCCAGCGCAGUAAACAACCAAGUGCGAAAGUGUCCAGUGCUGCACCUACAGAGGUCCAGUCUCCAGAGAGCAAGGUUGCUGAUUGGCUGGUUCAGAGUGAUGUAGGCAUGAUGUCAUCAAGGCGACCGACCAGUGAUGAUGUCUACAGCACUAAGAGUGACCUCGCAAUGCACAUCAGGACACUGAAAGGCCACCAUCAUGAAGAUGGCACUCAGAGUGAUUCUGAAGAUCCUGUAAUAAAAGGAAAGAGGAAUAAAUCUCAACACUCAGUCCAAUCAGAGGAAGCAAAUGUGUCAAAAAAAUUAGAACCAUCUGAUUCUUACAAACCUCAAUUACUAUCUAAAAACAUUCAUGACUUCUCCAGUGUUCCUGAAGGAACUGGACUAGAAGAACAUUCACCUCCAACUCAAAAUCAGAUGAAAUGUGGGCAACAGGAACCACUGAGCCAGCAGGCAUUUAUUAUUGAAUUUUUUGAUGAUAAUCCACGCAAGAAACGUUCCCAGUCUUUUACCCACAAUCCUGCACACAGUGAUAAUUAUUCAGCCCUCAAAGCGAAACUGGAAAGGCGGAAAGGAGCUGAAAGGCCUGCAUCUGUUCAUGGAAAUAUUCCUCCCACACAACAGAUCACGGUUCCUCUAAAGGGCUUAAGUCACGGAGUUCAUCAAAGAUCAAGUUCGCUAAAGAGAGAGAAAACAGAGGAAACAAUGAGCAAGGGUGGCAUGUCCCCUUCAUCUUCAGGCAAUUCCUGUUCUAUCACUUCCUCUUCAUCUCGCUCUUCUCCAGCAAUCACCAUUAAACCUUUUGGCAGCAUUGGAAAGAAAUCCAAACUUGCUCAAGAAUUUGUUAACGAGUUUCUUAAUGAAUCUUCACCACCGAUGUCAGCACCACCGGUGAUGAUGUCACCAUCACACACCCAUCUUCCAUCUCCAGAGAACAAACGCGUAUUUGCCCCCUCCUCCAUAUCUUACCCGGCAUCUCCAUUAGAGACACACACACACAGUCUGCCCCAAAUGCUUCUUCCUGCUUCUCCUCCUAUUUCUGUGCCCUCUCUCCCUCCUCCUGGGGGUCUAGAUUCCAGUGUUUCAGAUAUACCUCCAUUUACACCUGUACUGAGCACUGGGGCAGAUUUUAAAUCCCUAAGAACACACCCAAAAGGCUCUGCGGCAAUUCGUACAGAGGACGAGGACAGUUUGAGUGAUGCUGGAACUUACACUAUUGAGACUGAGUCUCAAGAUAAAGAUGUGGAAGAAGCUCGCAGUAUGAUCGAUCAGGUGUUUGGAGUGCUGGAUGCUCCAGAAUACAGUGGAGUUUACAGGCCGGUCAUCAAUGAGCAAGAUAAAUUAAACCAAACCCACUCUGAACUCAUGCACACAUCAGCUGAAGAUCUUAAUUCCAGCAUCAGUGCAGAUCCAGAAAGCUUCCUGGAGGGACAUUCUGACCCAUGUGGACCUAAGUGGGUGUCUCGGUGGGCGAGUUUAGCAGAUCCUUGUAGUGACUCUGUAAGUAAAGCAGCAUCUUUAGGAAGUACACUUCAAGGAACUGAUUCAAACAGAGAUGUCAAAGCUGUACUGAGCCAAAGUGUGGAUCAGUCAGAAUCAGAGUGUACUCAGAGCUCAAAAACCAGACGUCUUCUUCCUCAGGUUCCUUCUGCAGGAGAAAAGCAGGAAAGUAACACUCCCUGUAUCCUGAUCCAGACUAAGCCAAGUGUGGAGUUCGAUCCAUCUGAAAAUGUUUCUAGGACAUCACAGCCAGAUUCCACUCAAAGGUUAAAGGUUCAUGAAGAUGUGGAUCAUGAUACCUUGAGUGAUACCAGCCAUUCUGAUGAUAGCUCAAUCCUGGACAGGAGCUCAAAGAGUCAAGAGCAAUACAGAAUGUCAGCAUCAUUAGUAUCUGAAAGCAUCCAGCCAAAGUCCACUUCUUUCUACAUCGGCUCUGAGGAAGGCUUCUACAGAUCUGAUGCUGCCCGAAGUCCGGUUCUUACUCAAACUGAGCGGGCGCCUUCUCCCAAAAUGCCUCCAACCACUGUCCUGAUACGACACCUGAGUAGCCAGGAGUACAAGCGAGCAGUGAAGCCAAACUCAUCAGCACCAAAUCUCCAAAUCCAUAACAAAGAUUCUGUUCCCUCCAAAGAACCUCCAUCAUCCUCUUUCGUUCGCCAGGAGAGUUUCACCAAAGAUAGACCAAGUGACAACAUCCAGGUUAAAAGGUUACCUCACAUUUCUAGUCAUCCCACUUUACAGGAAUUAGGCACCCUAGGAAGUGAGCAAGAAGCUUUAUCAAAAGAAAACAAGCAGUCCAUAUCUUCUCAAAGGCAGAAAGAGGGAGGUUCUCCUGAACAGGCUGAGGAUUCUUUUUCUGGAGAAUCCGAUGUGGACACAGCGAGCACUGUGAGCUUAGUUAGCAGCAAAAAUGUGCCUAUUAGCACAGUUAAGAAGCGUACCUCUUUUAGUGCACGUAAAGAUAAAUCCUCUAAAACCAGACAGCCAACGGCUCGGGAGCAACUUUCAGAAAAACGCCGUAAUAAUGCAACUACGGAAACUAGUGCUACUAAAUCUGAAUCCACACGUUGUCUGCAUUUACGCCGCAGCACCGGAAACAGUGGUUCAUUAGAUUUUUCUGACAAUCUGAUUCACAGCCAAACGGAAACCACCUCUUCUGAUCACGAAUCAACAUCACGACCUUCUAAUCGCAAGAAACUCUCAGUGUCUCGGCAAAACCAAGACUCAAACAAAUCCAGUAAAGCAGCCCACCAGGUUCUCACUCGGUCCAAUAGUCUCUCAGCUCCCAGACCGACGCGGGCCUCCAUGCUGCGCCGUGCCCGACUUGGAGAAACAUCCGAUAAUGAAGGCGUGGAAGCAGAUCGUGCAUCUCAGGGUUCGCAACACACAUUAUCCUCUGGAGACAGUAAAAAGCUCUCAAGAUUGGACAUUUUAGCUAUGCCACGUAAACGCACAGGAUCUUUCACCACUCCCAGUGAUAACGAAUCACUGAAUAAGCAAACACACAGCCGUAAUUCUGACUCGAACGCUAACGGGCGAAGAAUGUCCACAAGUGAAACAAAACCGACCAAAAUUUCUCCAACAGCUGAGAAACAUCUGUCCAAUCGCACACACAAUAAUCAGACUAAACACUCCGGCACAGGCAGUUCUCGUCAGAGACAGAAAGGUUCUGAUUAUUCCUCAACGUCAGAGGAAGAGCAUGAUAUCAGCUCUAAAACUAAAUGUUUUCUCACUUCAGCUUCAACUCAGACACAAACUCCACAGAGACUCAUUCCCACACGGUUGGACAUAGCAGACGAUGACGCCCAAAACGAGCACUACCAGAACUGGACCAAUCACAGCGCAGAGAUUGCCAGACUAAGCCAGGACUUGGCCAAAGAUCUUGCUAUUCUCGCACGUGAAAUCCAUGAUGUAGCUGGAGAUGCUGACACACACACACCUGCAGCGACUGGGUACAACACUCCACCAGGCUCCGCCCCACACACACCUGCAUCCACUAUUUCCGCCCGAGAGGAGUUGGUGCAUCACAUCCCAGAUGCCAGUCUGAGUUAUCAAAAAGUUCCUGCAGGUUCCCCGAGUCCUGUGGAUCAGGACAGUGAUGGAGCCAAACGACGCCCCUGGAACAGAGAAGAGGUGAUUUUGGACAAUCUGAUGCUGAACCCCGUGUCACAGCUUUCACAGGCCAUCAGAGAGAACACAGAACAGCUCACUGAGAAAAUGAAAACUUUAUUCCACAACACCACAGACGUGUGGGAGGAGAUUGAAGCAAAAAUCAAUGCUGAAGAUGAAGUACCUAUAAUUAAAACUUCCAACAAAGAAAUCUCGUCCAUCCUGCAGGAGCUGAGGCGAGCCCAGAGACAGCUGGAGGUGAUAAAUUCAAUUGUGGAACCUGGAGGUGGUGUGAAGAUAUCAGCGCCACCUGCAGCAGAAAAAAAGAAAUCUUCAUCUGCAAAAUCCAAGCGAGGUGGUAAAUAAGACACGUGAGGAAUGUGAAGUCUGUUUUAUUCCAGAAUAACUGCAGAAAAAAAGGCUUUAUGCUUUAUCAAACAUGACUGUGCUGAACAAUAAUGCUGUAUUAAAUAUAAACCUGCUGCUUGCUCAGAGAGAAGAGAGUGUGUGUGUGUGUGUCUGUGUGUGUGUGUGUGUGUGUGUGUGUGUCUGUGUGUGUCUGUGUGUAUGUGUGUGUGUGUGUGUUUCAUUAUUGUUUAUAAUGUAACCUGGUCUACUACUCACUCAUAACUGGGUAUUUAUGUGUGUGUCAGCAGAAGGAGAUGAUUAUGCGGCUGCACUUUUGACUGUUUAUUUCUCUAAAUCCAAAAUUUAAUUUAAAUGGAUUUUUAUAGUUGAGGCUUUGUUUACUUUCCAACAAAGAAAGAAAAUAUGUAUAAUGCAAGCCUGUAUAUCAGGGCCAUUAACUGGUAGACUCAGAAACAGCUAAACAAACUAACAAACAAUAUAUUCUCUGUUACAACCGAUUUAAUUAUUAAAUAUUAGCUUCAGAUCAGCAAAAAGUCCUAGCUAAAAUUUUACGGACAUUUAAUUGUUGUUCUCUUAUAUUACACCGAUUUAUUCAGUCUCAAGGAAACAUUCAGCCCCAGUGAUUAUUUAUCUAUUUGCUGUAUCAGAGCAUCAGAUUUGUGUCCUUUAGAAUGAGAUUCUUUUCUGCUUCUUUGAAAGUGACUGUUUACAGAAAUAAAGUGAAAUAUUUAGAUAAUCAUUUAAAUGAAUCCUGUGCUGUUUAAAAAGUAACUCAGGUAACACUCCUAUGAUGAAGCACGGUGGUGCUUAGCCUAGAGACUUCUGGGGAAUUUAUCCAUCAAACAGAUUCAGUUUCAGAUACAGAAGCUACAGAGGACCUCUAAAUAAUUCAUUUAAUUUUAUUUCUGUAAAGAGUUGCUUAAACAGGACCAGAAAAAAAUCCCACAUUGAAUUUAGUACAAAAAAUCCCAUUAUUAAGGAAUAAGUGGAGACUUUCUCUCUGUGCGAAAGGUUUCUGGGUUUGUCGUUAAACUGCUGGAGGAAAAGUGACACCAGAAAUUACACAGUGAUGAAAUUAUUGUUUUAGGUUUAAAGCAAAUUGUCAUUAUGAAUCUGCAUUAUAACUGUGUUAGGCAUUCACACACACACACACACACACACACACACACACACACACACAGUGUGAUAUAAAUGUAUAUAAGUAUAUUUUACUUCCUGGUGCAAUGUGAAUGUUAUGAAUGUGACUCAGUGCUAAUGAGAAUGUGUCUAAAGCUAGAUAGCACUAAGCAGCUCAAUGCAACAUAAAUAUAGUAAUGUGAGUUAAAAUGUAAUGAAAUUGUAGUAUUUAUGAAGCUUCGCUGCAAAUAUAAAAAACAUUGAUGGCAGGAUACAUCUGAUACAUGUCUCAUCAGUGGCCAAACAUUUGCAGCUCACUGACCCACAUUUAAUUUGUUUAACUUUAAAGGCUUCUUUAUAGACUAAUAUUCUAUUUUGCUUUAGUCUCCGCCCCUUAACCACACCCAUGUCAUUAAUUGGGAACGUUUUUAUUAGUUUUAACACUUGUGAUAUUUGGACAUGUGGGGUGGGGGGGGGGAGUCUAACACAGAAUCAUAUCUCAUUUACAUGUGAUUCUGAAUAUUUUUCUUACAUUGGCUUGAUCAUUAAUUGGUGAUUAUCAACUGUCCGCUAUUUUAAUGUAACCACAGUAUGUCAUGCUGAAAUGUAAAUACACUCAACAACAUGGAAUGUUAAGUGGGAAUAUUCAAUGCUUAAAUAUAACAAUUCAUUAAUAAUCACUUCAAAAGAUCACAAAAUCUUUAUCAGAUAUUGCUUAUAUGGAGGACUGAAUUAUUUUUGGAUAAAAUUAUGAAUUGAAAGUUUCUCUGAAAGGGCAGAAUAAACUCUCUUUAUCCUGAAAAAAAAAUUCCUCUGAUUGGAACACAGUGAUCAUGUGACCAACCGGUGUGUAUAUUUGUUAACUGAUGAAUUUGACCAACUUUUUACAUGUAGACCACUGGACCAUCCUCGUGUGUGUGUGUGUGUGUGUAUGUGUGUUUGUGUGAGGCCUUCUCACUGUAAACAACAUAUUUAAUUAACACAUUAAUCAGUUAUUUAAAUGUUCUUAUUCUGGUUUAUUAAGGUGUAUUUCGAUUAUUCAGUUUCUGGUUCUAUUCAGAAAACAAUUGCAUUUGAAUAUUCAAGUCAAGCUGAUUUAAUGUUUUUAUUUAAACACUGAAUGAACACUGCAUCAGAUUCUCAUUCAGAUGAUUUAGAAUUUCUCUGAUUCACAUCUCUGAAUGUUCUUCAUUACAAUCUGCAGCACUGAAUAAAUGAAGACAGACAAAGUUAAUGGCUAAAUUAUUUAAAGUUAAAUUAAAUAUUAAAGUUGUAGUGUGUAAGGAAGUGAUUAUUUAGUUUGUGGAUUUGUGAAGAUGAGUUUCAUUGUUGAUUGCAAAACAUUCUUAAACCCAACCUAAAUCCAGUUUUAUCAUUAUUUAUAAUCAGGUAAAAUAUUAAAAUAUUGUUCUUCUGUGUAUUUAAAGUUCCAAAAAUGAAUUUCUGAAGCUCUACUAGGAAAAGAGAAAUGGUAUUUUAUCAGAAAAUCCUGCAAAAUGAUCAUAUGAAUUAAAAUAGAAAAAAAAAAUCCUGAAUGUCAUAACUUCAGUGAUGUUUAGACUUAUAAUGAUUGUUGUUAACUUUGCACCGAAUGUGUAGACAAACGUGUGUAUUAUUCUGUAAAAAUUAUGUGUAUCAUUAUUUAACAGUGUUCAUGAACAGCAGUGUUUUUUAUUUUUAUUUAUGAAUUAGUAGAGCAUCUGAAACACCAUUCUGCAGAAUAAUGUUAUCUGUUUAGUUGUAAUUUAUUACAUUAAAUUGAUUUUACAUUGGACAUGUCGCAAUGCACUUAUAUGUUUGUGUGUGUGUGUGUGUGUGUGUGUGUGUGUGUGUGUUGUCUCACAUCUGUUGAUUCAAAUCUGAUGAUUAAAGAUGUGUAUAUGUAA